AUGUUUGGCUUAACAAUCCUAAAUCUUGCUGUUGCGCAGGACAGGGGGAGGUGUUUACCCCUGAGACCCCAGGAGGACCCCCAGAGACCACAUGAGACCCCCGGAGACCUCAGGAGACCCCCAGAGACCUCAGGAGGACCCCCUAGAGAUCCCAGGAGACCCCCAGAGACCCCAGGAGGACCCCAGAGACCACAUGAGACCCCCGGAGACCCCAGGAGGACCCCCAGAGACCACAUGAGACCCCCGAAGACCUCAGGAGACCCCCAGAGACCUCAGGAGGACCCCCAGAGAUCCCAGGAGACCCCCGGAGACCCCAGAGACCCCAGGAGGACCCCCAGAGACCACAUGAGACCCCCGGAGACCUCAGGAGACCCCAGAGACCUCAGGAGGACCCCCCAGAGAUCCCAGGAGACCCCCGGAGACCUCAGGAAACCCCCAGAGACCCCAGGAGGACCCCCAGAGACCACAUGA